AGUCCUCUCUACCUGCCAGUGGGAACUAGCGACACUACUGUACCUGGCGGAAACGGGUGGAUGACGCUUGCGUCCGCUCCUGAUCGCAAAAUCCGCCGCGGUCGGAACUUGACCGAAAACCGCGCGCGCGUGCCGUCGCACGUGUCAUGCGCCCUGUAGUGCGUCGUCCCGAACAGCAGCGGCCAACGACGAUCAACAGGUGUCCGCCGCCGCAACCAACAGCAUCAUGAGUGCCCAGUACCGGCCGUACCGUGACGAGGACAACGGCGGCGAUAGCGAGCCGAUGACAUGGCCCGACCACGAGCCCACGGGCGCGGUGCAAAUCUACGAGAAGACGACCGAAGACAUCCGAGUCGUGUCGCACCGCAACCUGGUCAUCGGUGGCUUGGGCAUCGCGCUGCUGGGAGUGCUCGCGGGGCUGCUGGUCGGCUAUUUCGCGCACACCGAGCACAGUGGCUGCGUGCGGGGCAAGUCGGUCGCCAUCCACGCCGUGUACGACGCCGACCCGAGCAUCAGGGCGCGGCUCUUGGCUCUCGUCAGCGCUGACGGCAUCAACCGAACCGCAGGGCAGCUGCUUGAGGUGCGUACAGACUCCGAGAUUGUGGACCUCCUGCAGCAGCGUUGGAAAGAACAGGGCCUCGAGGCUGUGCAGCAGCAUACGUACGAGGUGCUGCUGUCAUUCCCAGAUUCGUCACGCCCGAACCGGCUGCGUCACUUUGAGAAUUCGUCUGAUGCAGCAGGCACAACUGUGGACCUGUUCUCAGAGGAUCACCGUCCCUAUGUUGCCUACUGCACGGCCAAUGGUCCCAUCAGAGGCCCCCUGGUGUACGCAGGUCGUCUGCAGGUAUCUGAUGUGGACUGGCUGCAUGGCUCCAAUGUAACACUUGAUGGCAGUGUCUUGCUCGUGCGGCUAGGCACAGAGCCCUUGGGCCGGCAACUUGCCAUGGCGCAACGGGUGGGCGCACGUGCCGUCCUGUUGUACCCAGACCCUCGCGAGUUUCGGCCACUGCCUCCAAGCUACCCUACAGAGCAGGAUGGUAGUGCCGCCUGGUGGUGGCUGCCACCUGAUGGAAGUCACAGUGCCAGUCCCCUGGGUCCACUCCUGGGGGAUCCGCAGACCCCCGGUUACCCUGCCGUAGUGUCUGCACACCGGCUACCUCGGGAGCAGCUGUACCUGCCUACAGUGCCAGUGCAGACCAUCAGUGCCAACGUGGCUGAGAUUUUGCUGCGGCACAUAGGGGGACCACCAGUCACUGCGCAAAUGCAGGGCUCCUUGGGUGGUGAGGGCGGUGCUGCCCUUGGCGCUGGACCUGGCCCUGUCGAGGCCGAGCUGCAGUUGCACAACAUGCUGCGAAACCAUUCCGUGUUUGACCUGGUUGGCUACGUGCGCGGGCGUGUUGAGCCCGACCGCUACGUGCUGGUGGGUGCCGGCCGCGAUGCAUGGGGUGACUCGGACAUUGGCAGCACGGCCCUGCUGCUCGAACUGAGUGCAGCCUUUGGAAAGCUCCUCCAGGAAGGUCAGUGCCCUCUUACCAUGGUGGCUUUUAAACGGAAGCUUCACUUCGGGAGCUCUUAUAUUUAUACAUGAGAAAGGAGUAAUUGUUGUGCUUGACAUCCACUGAACUG